UUUGCUGAUGACUUGGAAGCACUUGAAGCCACAGACUUUUUUCUAGAGGAAAGUAGAAAAGCCACAAUGCCAUCUAUGAUGCAGCAAGAAGCACUGGAAAAUUAUGAAAAGAGUGGAGAUGCCGCUGAAGAAAAUAAAUCAGAAAUGCCUGCAAAACCAAAAGAAACUGGAAAAAAAAUAAAUUCAGACACUGCCUACGGUCCUUGUUCUCUGGAUCCAGUCGAAGGCGAGUGCCAGGAUUAUGUCCUGAAGUGGUACUAUAACAAGGAAGAGCGGGCUUGCCAACAGUUCUGGUAUGGCAGCUGUGGGGGCAAUGCCAACCGGUUUGAAACCAAGGAAGAAUGCGAGGCUCACUGUGUCCCCAAACCCCUGUAGAGUCAGCUGAGCCUCAUUACUGCUGCCUCUGUUGUAAUAGCUGAUGGA